AUGGCCUCCGAAUCUGCACGCACAUUGAAUACGACGUUCCGCUUCAGUUCUGACAGGCUGCACGCACAGACAAUGAGCUUGAACUUCGCGACCAAUCUUGUUGGAGACUUGGGUGGACCUCUUGACAGUGGUUUCGUUUUUCCUCCCGAUGACGAGUUCGAUGCGGAUGACUCGCACGAGCUCAUUCCGGUGAACUCGGUCAUUGAGCUAGCAGACCUUAGCAAGAGAAGGCGGACAGAUGAAAUACUGCACGAAGGUGCUAACACUAAUAAUGCGACAACUCCCGACAUUGCUAGGCAUUUGCAUUGGGGGACGGCGCAUUCAUGUGACUAG